UCGCCGCAGAGGGGGCGUGGCCGCGGCCGGAAGUUGCCCUCCCGCCGGCACGGGGUUUCCUGGCCUGCCCGCCGCGCCUCCUUCCUUUUUCGCCGGAAGUCCCCACCGCGUGAGGGAGCAGCCACCGGAUCGCCGCCGUCAUGCCUCCCAAGGACGAUAAGAAGAAGAAGGACGCGGGCAAGUCGGCCAAGAAGGACAAGGACCCCGUCAACAAGUCCGGCGGCAAAGCCAAGAAGAAGAAGUGGUCGAAGGGCAAAGUGCGGGACAAGCUGAACAACCUGGUGCUGUUCGACAAGGCCACCUACGACAAGCUCUGCAAGGAGGUGCCCAACUACAAGCUCAUCACGCCCGCCGUCGUCUCCGAGAGGCUCAAGAUCCGCGGCUCGCUCGCCAGGGCCGCUCUCCAGGAGCUGCUGAGCAAAGGCCUAAUCAAGCUCGUGUCCAAGCACAGAGCCCAGGUGAUCUACACCCGCAACACCAAGGGAGGUGAUGCACCAGCUGCUGGAGAGGAUGCAUGAGAAGCUGAGUUGCUUUGGGUUACAAGCAAUACUUAAACUUCUUGGCAUAUUCAUAAAAAUAAACAGUUGAACUUUUCA